AUGUAUGAUUUUUUGCUGCUCUUUCACUCGUCGGAAUCUGAAAUCACCAUCCGCCGCCAGUUUCGACUUUCACCGGAGGCAGAAUAUGCCGUCGCCAAAUCAUUUCGAGCUCACCGGACGCAAAAUAUGCCAUCACCAAAUUACAGAUUUCACCAAGGAAACUCGCAAGCCCUAAUUUUUGCCAUGAAACACCCUAAAUUAGCCACCAACAAUGCGCCAUCGCCGCGCAAAAUUACCUGCUGUAACGAAAUGGGGAAGCACCGGAGCUGUAGCGUUAUCGAGAGCAGGAAAAAUUGUCGUGGUGGAGAAAAGAGAACAGCAACGACGGCGGAGGUGAGAAGAGAAAAGCCGGAGAUUUACCGUUUAGAACUUGUGGGGGUGGAGAAAGGAGGAGAAGGAAAAAGGUAG